GUGAUACAGAGUGCAGGAAGUCGUACAGAGAGCAAGCUGCAGGUUUCACAAAUGCGGAUGAUCAUGAAGAAGACAAGGCCGACCGGAGUUCUUCAAACUAUCGUAACAGUGUUGAUAUGUUUCACAACUUGUGGUUGCUUAAAGUGGCUUCCAGAAGAAGAUAAAAGUUUUCUAUUCGUAGUGAAUGACGUCAUUGAUAUCAACUGCACCCUCGAUGAUCCUACUGUUAAUGUAACAUUAUGGGUUGCAAAAAAAGCGAGUUCAAGUCUACAAGAUUACCGCCAAGUUUUUCCCAAUGGUGUUAAUAUUAUCCAGUCUCAUCAAAUAUUUCGACUUCUCAACGUGGCUAUAUCAAAUAGUGGUCAAUAUCAAUGCCGGGCAAAAACAAUGACACCAUUCCAAGUGCUUCGUGUUCACGUGUCACACGAUGGUCCGCCAAAACCCAAACCUAAAAUAUCAGUUGUAGAUAACGUCGUUGCCUAUGGUAAAGAAGUCAAACUGCAAUGUUCUGCCUUUGGUCCAGUUGACUUAGCUUGGUAUAAAAGUGAAAAUGGAACUGUAAAAAAAUGGCGAAAGAUUAACACUGAAGAAAGUGUUACCAGUAAUAUGGGAAGUCUAAAAGAGACUAAACGGCUUUUGAUAAUUAAAAAGUUUAAUUUUAGUGACAAUGGAGUGUACAGAUGUGAACUCGAGAGGAAAGCCGUCAAUUGGAAGGCAUUUGCAGAUAAAAAAGUUGACAUCGGAGAGGCCCAGAAACCGAAUUUUACAAAGUUUCCAGAACCUGUAAUAACUAUGACGGUGAUGACUGAGAGUGUUGAGUUCGAGAAAUCAUACAAAGUCGAAGGUACACCGUUCCCUACUAUUACCUGGUACAAAGUGAAUGGAGACAAGUCUAUAUUGCUGUCCAAGUGCAGUAGCAAUCCUGAAGAACCAUGCUCGUUCCCAAAGGAUCAUUUUCUGGAUAUUUCCAGGAGUUAUUUUCUUUACUAUUUAAAACUUAUUACCCUUUCCGAAGCGCAAUGGCACGUAUAAAUGUGUCGCCACGAACUUUGUUGCUACAGUAACGAAGACAUUUCAACUAAAUCUGUUGGUUCAACCAACAAUAAAAGAGGAGUCUUCCCUUGUCCAUGCGUACGAAGACAGCAAAAAACCCACGCCGUUGGUUUGCGAAGUGGAUACCG